AACAUGCCAGAGAUUAAAUCGAUCCGUUUUCGUAUGUUCAACUAAAAUAAAAAGAAGUUAUGCUGGCAGUUUUUGUCUUCAAUCAACAAGAAAUGUUAUCUGUUGGAAAAAAUUGAUUAGGUUUUGAGGAAUGCUUGCUUGGAUCCAAUCACGACGCGUCCCAUGUCUUCAGAUCUCACCAAACCAAACAUUAUCUUGAUCUUAGCCGACAACUUAGGAUUUGGUGAGUUAGGAUGCUAUGGGGGAGGUGUGCUUAGAGGAGCUCCCACUCCCAAUAUAGACAACCUUGCCAAAGAAGGGGUUUUGUGCACAAAUUUCAAUGUUGAAAGUGACUGCGUUCCAACAAGAUCUGCGCUUAUGAGCGGACGGCACCCCUUCAGGACAGGUUGUAGACAAUCUGUUCCUUGCGGUUUUCCACAAGGUCUUCAAAGAUGGGAAAUUACCCUUCCAGAAGCAUUGGAGAAGCACGGCUACAAGUCCGCACAUCAUGGAAAAUGGCAUUUGGGUGACGUUCAAGGAAGAUUCCCUUCGGAUAGGGGGUUUGACGAGUGGUAUGGUAUUCCGAGAACAACUGAUGAAUCUCAAUUCACUGAAAGUGUUGGCUUUGAUCCAUCAGUUGCUGAAAUUCCAUACAUAAUGGAAGGUACAAAAGGAACGCCCUCAGAGAAUGUAUGUGUUUACGAUCUUGAUCAACGAAGAUUAAUCGACGAAAAACUGGUUGAAAAAACUGAAGAUUUCAUGAGCAGAAUGGUCAGUGAAAAACAACCGUUUUUUCUCUAUCACCCGCUGGUCCAUCUUCAUUUUCCAACUCUCCCUCACAGAGACUUUGAAAAUGUCACCAAGAACGGUAAUUUUGCAGACUCUAUGGUUGAGAUGGACUACCGUGUUGGCCAAAUUCUGAAAAAGGUGGAUGAGCUUGGAAUCAGAGAAAAUACAUUCUUGAUUUUUGCUAGUGACAACGGUCCUGAAUUCAGGCAGCCUUACAGAGGAUCUGCGGGGUUCUAUAGAGGUACAUACCAUACAGCUAUGGAGGGCAGUUUGAGGGUUCCAUUUAUUGUUAGAUGGCCAAAUAAAGUUCCUGAAGGCAUCCAAACAAACGAGAUGAUUCAUGUUACUGAUAUCUUUAGUACUUUAUUGGAAGUUGGAGGAGCGUCGCCCCCAGCGGACAGACCGAUUGAUGGGUUAAACCAGCUUGAGUUUUUGCGUGAUCCGCUCAACAAAAAGUCUCCCAGAGAAGGUUUCUUGUUCUUCAUCAAAGACAAUUUGAGGGCAAUAAAAUGGCGGGACUGGAAACUUCACUUGUGGUGGGAACCAGAAGUUAAUGAAUCGAAAGGGCAAUUAGAGUCUCCAUACUUAUUCAAUAUCAUUCGUGAUCCAAAGGAGGAGAGUAGUGUGCUUGCUACUAAUACUUGGGUUCUUCAACCGAUGUUUAGAAUGAGAGAUAAAACUCUGCUUUCCUUGAAAGAGAAUCCAACUCCUAAGGAUCCUAUGAAAUAUUUGUAAACAUUUUAUAGAGUUAUAUUUACUUUUUGCAUUCUGGUAUUUUCAUGAGUAAUCCCAGUGUAGCUUAAACAGUACUUUUGCGGUAAACCAGGAAAUUGUUU